UCCAAUCUGUGCGGCGCCGGCAGUGGAAACAAAAGCGUUUACCAUGAUGCUGCUCGCCGCUCUUGUGCUGUCCCAGCUUUUGCUGCAAGGAGGGUGCGAACCCUUUUACAACGCCCUACCCCGAUGCCCACCAGGACAGAAGGGAGAGUCUUGCGAAGAGAUUUGUCCUGCAGGCUGGUUCGGAGACAACUGCAAGUUCAAGUGCGCGUGCCAAAACAAUGCUUUCUGCUCCACUGUGGAUGGCGAAUGCGACUGCAGACACGAAUCAGGUGUGAAUGGCACGCGAGGUGUGGCUCUGGCCGGCUGGACAGGUCUGAUUUGCGACCGCCCCUGUCCGAGAGGGCGUUGGGGGAGCCUGUGCAGCUUCGAGUGCCCUUGCAUUGAGGGCCAGGGCGAGUGUGACCCGCAGGUCGGCGAGUGCCAGUGCCUGACCGGCUUCAUGGAACGCGAGUGCGCCCUGACGUGCAACCACCUCAAGUACGGCAUCAACUGCAACAAAAAGUGCCACUGCGGCGAACACGCUGACAGCUGCGACCACGUGACCGGCCGUUGCAACUGCCACAAAGGCUGGCACGGUUGGAUUUGCGACAGCCGGUGUGAGGAUGGUUUCUGGGGCGAAGACUGCAACCAGACGUGCAACUGCGGGCCAGGAAUUGUGCCGUGCAGACAAAACAAUGGGUCCAUUUGCCACUGUCCGGAGGGCACAACAACAGACAAGUACGGACAGUGCUCAACUCGUUGUCCGAGAGGGACGUACGGCUACGGGUGCGAGGAAAGCUGCCUUGUGUGGAAAGGAAGAAACGUCACAGGGUACCACAUUGAUGAGGAGGAAUCCUGCAAUCCUGGCAAUGGUGAGCUUAUUUGUUUGCCCGGCUACGACGGCGUCAACUGCUGGAAUUCUUGCCCAAACGGAAAAUUCGGGCCACUGUGCAGUGGCACUUGCGAGUGCCUCAAUGGCGACUGCCACCACAUAACAGGCGAGUGCAGAUGCUACAAAGGCUGGACUGGCAGCACCUGUUCCGAACGCUGUCCGCAAGGAUCGUACGGCUACAACUGCACCUUGAGAUGCACAAAAUGCCACAAUGGGGGCUUCUGCACAGGCCCCGAAGAAUGCGUCUGUGCGGACGGUUGGACCGGAAUAAGUUGCAAACUGCUUGAGUCGAAAACCCUCGUUGAUGAACUGGAACACAACUCUACCAGAAUAACCCUAACGCUGGCCGCAAUCCUGCUGGCCAUUCUGUUGGUGAUGCUGCUGAUUUUCAUUCGCUGCACUCGUACCGAGCAAACGGUCCAGUAUGAUGUCACCGAAAUCAGAGGCAGCAACGGCAGCGACAAUUCCCUUUUCGACGGGUGGUACCGCAACAUGGUGCGAGUGGCCUGACCUGUUUAAUUAAUUUAAAACGGACUUGCCUGCGGACUUUGUGAUCAAGUUGCGACGAUCGAAGAGCCGCACAGUGCUGUCCGAGCAACCCACGGCUAAUUGAUAAGGCCGCAUUUGAUUGACGGCCAUUGUGGUCACCGCACCUUCCCAAGAAAGUAUCACAUCCUGAAAUUUACACAAAAGUCUUCAAUGUUUGUCUAUACAUCAAAUAUUAAAUUGUAAAAAUACAAUAGUUUGGCCUAUUUUUC